CUGUGAGUGACACGAGCUGAGUGGGGUGGAGGGAAAUGUGGGUGAGUUGCAUUUUGAGAUCUGGGUUGCUGUUUGUCACCCUGUCUCUUGCCAUUGCUAAGCAGAAGCAAUCACCCUUUGCCGAAAGUUGUUACCCAAGGGGAACCCUGUCCCAAGCUGUUGACACGCUCUAUGUCAAGGCAGCAAGCCUCAGAGCAACGAUUCCAGAAGAUCGCAUAAAAAAUAUACGGUUAUUAAAAAAGAAAACAAAAAAGCUAUUUAUGAAAAACUGCAGAUUCCAGGAACAACUUCUGUCCUUCUUCAUGGAAGAUGUUUUUGGUCAACUCCAGUUACAAGUUUGCAAGGAAAUGCACUUUGUGGAAGAAUUUCAUAGCCUUAGGCAGAAAUUGAGCCGCUGUAUUUCCUGUGCUUCAUCAGCUAGAGAGAUGAAAUCCAUUACCAGGAUGAAAAGAACAUUUUAUGAGAUUGGAAAUAAAGGAAUCUACAAAGCCAUCAGUGAACUGGAUAUUCUUCUUUCCUGGAUUAAACAGUUCUUGGAAAGUAUUAAGUAAUUCAAGGAGCCAAGUGGGAUUGUUUUAUUAUUUUGAAAUAUAAUGAGCACAACCAGAGAUCAAUUUACAGCAGUGUAUUUUCUUUUAAAUAUUUUGUACAUAGUGCUAACAGCAAGUUAGAUGUCUAGAGGAAUUUAAUGCAAUAACAUUUUGGAGAAAAGUUAUCAUUAAUAUGCACAUUUUCUGUAUUUUCAAAGAAUGCUUUCAUUUUGAAUAUGUUUUGUCAUUCCCAAGUGCAUUGUAUGAGUUUAAUCUAAAAGUGUACAACCAGAAUUAAAUCAUGUAAUAUUUACUC